AACCAAACUUCAAUAUGAAUCUCUAGAAGGUUCCAUGAUCCUGGAUAAUCCUGAGGAUGAUACUUUAAGUGAAAAAAUUGGCUGCCCUCUAUACACCGCCCCCGAAUUACUCUGCCCAGAACCCACCUAUAAAGGCAAACCUGCUGAUAUGUGGGCUUUGGGUGUAAUACUCUACACCAUGUUGGUGGGUCAAUAUCCUUUCUUCGAGAAAGGCAAUAGCAAUCUCAUUACCAUUAUUAGACAAUGUUUUGUACAACUACCCGGUCAUCUAUCACGUUCCGCCCGCUGGCUUUUAUUAUCUUUACUAAGGAAAAACAUUUCUGAUCGUGUGCCCAUAGAGCAUAUCUUCCUCUCACCCUGGUUAAAAGAACAAAAACCCUUCCAUAUGUAUAUACCCGUUGAUGUGGCCAUACCCGAUGAUGAGGAUGAUUGUCUGAGCGACAAUGAUGCAAUGGAUUGUAUGGAUAUUGUGGAAGAUGAUGGCGUACAGCCUUUGGAUUAUUCCUGCAGUACCUUAAGUCUGAAUUAUGUUAAUGAUUCUUAUGCUGAAAUGGGUUGA